UGUGUUGUUUGACGCGUGUCAACGUAUAAUCGUAAACACUUGUCACAUUAAAAAAAACCCUUGAAAAAAGAAAUAGAAAGUAGACCUGGUCAACGAAUUGUUAAUAAAUUGUUUUAGAUUUUAACAAUAAAUUUUCAAUUAAAUUAACUAAAAUGGCGCCACAACCAAAGGGCAAACAAGGUACGAAAGGGGCCAAACAAAUAGUGGAGGAAAACAAGGGCACAUUAAGUUUUUAUCGUAAUAUGGCUUUAGGAAGUGCAGUUGCAUCCCUUUUAGUAAAUUUUAUAUUCUUUGAAAUUGGAAAGGUGACUGUGAUUAUGAGCUUAUUGGCUUUGCUAACCUUGGGGGCUGCAUAUCAAUUUAUGGCAUUUAUGUCAAAACCAAAAUUCACCGAAACAGGGGCUUUAGUUGAUUCAGGCAACGAUUUGAAUAUGGAAGGUGGUAUUGCCGAAAAUGUUAAGGACUUGAUUAUUUUAACCUCGGGCACUAUGCUGUUGGUAUUAAUCUCCAAUUACUUUUGGUUUUUAUUGCUGUUGGCACCCAUUAGAGCUUUAUGGAUGCUUUGGGGUAGUAUUAUCAAACCAUGGUUGGAUCAAAAGAAUUCCCAAGAAGAACCCGAAGUAAAUGAGAAAAAGCAACGAAAAAUGGAACGUAAAAUGCGUCGUAUGAGAUGAAAACAUUUAAUUAGCUUUAUUUAAUGGUCUAGUUUAGAAAUUUAUUAACGCAUUGCUUAAGACGCCAUAUUUUGUUUGGUAAUGUUGGAGAAGGCUUUGUAUAACAUAUUCCUAUACCCCGGCGAAGUUACACUAUUUUUUCGAUUCAAAAAGAAAAAAUCGAAUUUGUAUGUAUGUUACCUAUAAAAUACAUUGUAAAUCGAAAAUGUUUUUUUUUCAAACUGAAUUACGGUGUAACCCCCUUUGUUUUAGUUAAGCUACCAUCUAAGUCACCAAGCAACAAAAAAUGUGACCAAGAUUUUUAGUUGUUUUAUUUUUUAUGUUGUACAAUUUAUAUUUUUCAGAGAUUUUAUUUUUUAAAAAAAUAUAAUAAAGAAUUUGUAUUUUAAACAAAAAUACAGAAAAAAUA